AUGGUCUAUCGAUGUGGCGAGACCUUACAGUGGGCCCUGUUGAGUUUCCUAGAAAUACCACAAUAUCCGAAUACCAGUCCUGACAAGCGAAGUGGUACCGCCAUAAGUACCUUAGCCCAAGACCUCAUCAACCGGUUAGGCUUCCGAUCAAAAAGUUCACCCACAAUGGAGACACGAUUCACUAGAAGAAGACCCAUGCGAUCGCCCGAGGAGGGAGCCCCUACUGGAGCUGGUCCUGGAACGGGGGACAGAGCGAGCGGCCAGCGUCUGGAGGAUGACGAGGUGCAAGAGCGGCCCUCCAGGCAACGGGCUCAGCCCGUAAACUAUACGCAAUACAGACAAGGCAGCGAUAGACAUCACCCAGGCAAUGCUGCACCUGCUAACGAUGCUGCAACUGACCGCCGUCAGUCGCUCACUUUGGCAGGCCGCCCACGGCAGCGGAUCAUGUGGACGAGAGAGAUGAACAUGUACGUGAUUCGUUGCCACUACGUUUGCACGAGAUUGGAGACGGAUAUGUCUGGCAGGUCUAGAAUGCUGGACAUGUUCAAUGAGCGGUUCCCACGAUAUGCCAACCAGAUUGAUCGGAACAAGCUGUACACCCGACGACGAGCAAUACUGACGAAUAAUAUGCUCACAGCCGCCGAGUUGGACACAAUCAAGCUGGAAGUGCAGAGGGAACUUUGGAGUACAGGGAACAGAUCGAGCGAUAUGUCGAGAAGGAGUUCUGUUGGGCUGGAUCUAACCGUAGACAUGCCAGUAGAGGAGCCAGCAGAAGAGCUGGCUACUCCAGAACCAACAGUGAGCCUGGAACAACAGCUACGAGACGAACUAGCUUUCCAUAUGGAUGCGGCGGUUACACAGUUUCGGGGAACGGAUCCCUUAUCCCGACACAGGAUACCAAAGCUUCAGUAUACCUACCGGCUGACGAAUGCAGUAAGCAUCCUUAACCGGGAUAUUCUGUCACAGUAUUCGGAAGUCGUGCAGAACCUAGAGGAACUGCAGUGCAUGGUGUAUUGUGCAGCUGUAACCGUCGUGAGAACGCUGGGAUUGCGCACCUACCCCCAAGAGAUCCUCGACACCCACGUACAGCGGUUAAGUGCUCUUGCUAAACGGAUGCGACGUUAUAGUGAAUGUUCGAAGCGGAAAGAACAAAAUCGGAUGUUCAGGACUAACGAACGAGAGUUCUACAAUCACAUUCAGAACAGAACGGACUACAGCGAGGGACUCCCUGAGAUUGGCGAAGUAACACAGUUUUGGGCCAAUUUAUGGGAGAACCCCGCUCAACACAAUAACAACGGGAUGUGGUUGGUAGAAGAAGAGGAGUACAGUGGUGGAAUUGAACGCAUGCCCGUUGUAGCAGUUUCCGCCCAGGAUAUUCGUGAGGCUACACGGUAUACCAGGAACUGGGCAGCACCAGGACCUGAUUUUGUGCACAAUUUCUGGUAUAAAAAGUUCUCCACAGUCCAUGGGCGCAUAGCGGAUUGUUUCAACAGGGUGCUGAGAGAUCCCCAAGAGCUCCCUGAAUUCAUCACUAAAGGGGUAACUUAUCUUCUACCCAAGGACCGUAAUACAGCUGACCCAGCCAAGUACAGGCCAAUAACCUGUUUGUCAAGCUUGUACAAAGUGCUCUCGUCGGUAAUUACAAGAAAAAUACAGGACCAUUGCGACGCCAACCAGGUGAUGACCGAAGAACAGAAAGGCUGCCGGAAAAACACGCAAGGCUGCAAAGACCAAGUCAUCAUUGAUGCAGUUAUUGUUGGUCAGGCAAGCCGGAAACAGAGAAACCUUGGCAUGGCGUACAUCGACUAUAAGAAGGCAUACGACUCGGUACCCCAUCCGUACCUCAUCAAGGUACUUGAGUUGUAUAAAAUAGACGAUGGCGUCAUCAGGUUGAUGCAGCACGCAAUGGGACGAUGGAAUACGUCGCUCCACGUUACCGACGGGGCAACGGUAUUGCGGUCCAGAACUAUCAGCAUAAGAAGGGGGAUUUUCCAAGGCGAUACCUUUAGUCCGCUUUGGUUUUGCCUUGCAAUGAACCCCCUUAGCAGAGCACUCAACCGAUGCAGCUAUGGCUACCAAUUGAAAAGUGGGACAACGAGUACAACAGUAACCCACACUUUCUACAUGGACGAUCUGAAGCUGUUUGCGGAAACUAAAGAGAAACUGCAACUUCUACUGCAGCUGGUAUCGACGUUCAGCAACGAUAUUUGUAUGGAGUUUGGUAUCGAUAAAUGUCGACUAGUCAACCUCCAUCGAGGUAAAGUGGUGGACGCCGACAGUUUCCGCAUCAACGAGAGAGAGGAGAUACGAUGUAUGGUUGAAGGUGAAUCGUACAAGUACCUUGGAUUCCUGCAACUGAAAGACCGAACCGUAGUGUACGGACCGGCUAGCACGGCAUUGCAUGGUCGACCGUCACCCUACCAUGCAUCAGUGUGCGAGCCAACAGCCGGUCUGCGGUGUAUGACUCCGCUAGCGCGCGCGAUGGUCGAGCAUCGUCAUCGUACCGAUGUAGCCGGCUCGCAGUGUACGGUUCCGCUUGGCCCGUAUGCUGAUCGGUGA